GCGUAGGCACACGACAUCCGCUUCCGCCCAGGCAGUGCCCGGCGCCGUGAUCUCUGUGCUAUCAUGGCGGUCGCUGGACCCAGGGCUGUGGAGCUGGGCUUCGCAGAAGAGGCCCCGGCGUGGCGGCUGCGCAGCGCGCAAUUCCCUAGCAAGGUGGGCGGGCGUCCUGCGUGGCUGAGCGGGGCCGGUCUGCCCGGGCCCGGGGUCCUGGCGUGCCCGCGUUGCGGGCGACCCCUUGCCUUCCUGCUGCAGGUAUAUGCUCCGCUGCCGGGCCGCGCCGACGCGUUCCACCGCAGCCUCUUCCUCUUCUGCUGUCGCGAGCCGCCGUGCUGUGCGGGUUUCCGAGUUUUUAGGAAUCAGCUACCUAGGAAAAAUGAGUUUUACUCCUUUGAGCCACCUUCUGAGACUUGUCCCCCAGAUGCAGGAGAAGAUGUGUGUCUCCAGCUUAAACCUGGCACUCACCUCUGCAGGGUGUGUGGCUGUUUAGCCCCUAAAACAUGCUCCAGAUGCCACCAGGCGCAUUACUGUAGUAAGGAGCAUCAGCUAAUAGACUGGAGAUCGGUACAUAAGCAGACCUGCACACCAGAUCAUGUGGACCAUACAGUUCCAGACCACAACUUCCUUUUCCCAGAAUUUGAAAUUGUGAUAGAAACAGAAGACAUUAUGCCUGAAGUUAUAGAAAAGGAAGAAGACUCUGAGAUUAUAGAAAGCAUGGGAGAAGCACCUGAAGAAGAGUUGGAGUCCAUGGCCAGGCAUGAAUCUAGAGAAGAUAACAUAUUCCAGAAGUUUAAAACUCAGAUAGCCCAUGAACCAGAGCAGAUUCUCAGAUACGGCAGAGGUGUUGAGCCUAUCUGGAUUUCUGGUAAAAAUAUUCCCCAAGACAAGGAUAUUCCAGACUGUCCCUGUGGUGCCAAGAGAAUUUUUGAGUUCCAGGUAUGGGGUAUUUUGGUGAAAACCACCCUGCCUUACGUUUUUGGACAUUGGCAGAUGUUACCAGUGUCACAGGUGCACAUGGGUCAGGAUGGUAGUAUGGAAGGUCAUGCCACAGCUGCUCAACCACCUGAAAGCAGACAGACUGGGCACGAGUGUGGACUGGGGCAUCCUGGCUGUCUUCACCUGUGCGGAGAGCUGUAGUUUGGGCAGUGGCUACACAGAGGAAUUCGUGUGGAAGCAGGAUGUAACAGAUACACCUUAAGGCUUUAAAGCUACUCGUGUCUGAAAGCUUGCAAUUCCAUCCUUAGGACUUUAUCCUAAGGAAGCAACUUAGGGUAGUUACGUAGUAACUUACAGAUCUGGAUGUACCAACAUGCUGCUUGAGACAUUGUUUUAUAAUGUCUAAGUUGCUAAAACAGAAAUGUGUAAUGACAGAGAAAUUAGUAGAUUUUGUUAUAUCCAAGGAGGAAAAGUGUGUGUUACAUCUUUUUUUUUUUUUUUGGUGCUGGGGGUCAAACUCUGACCUCACACUUGCAAAACAGGCGCUUAUGUGGCUGAGCUAAAUCCCUGGCCCAACUAAACACCAUUACAGAUGGUGUUCAUGGUAUAGUAGUUUUGUAAAAAUAUUUAUACGUGUUGUAUCUAUACUACAAAGAUACACUGAACUGGUUACCUGCAAUUGGUGAGAUUGAAGAAGUAUUUUGGUAAAUAAAACCCAAUAAACUACACAACUUAAUUAGGCUGAACUGAAAUCACAGUACCAGAGGUGAUGGUCUCCAGGAAUAUGCUAAGUUAGUCACGAAAAUGCCUGGAGUUGAAGAGGCUCAGCUCCAGAGCUGACUGCGUUCACCACAUGCCCUGCCAGCAGAAGGAGGCCUGUUUUAACUGUUUCUCUCUCAGAUGUGUUUGUGUCCCUUUGAGAUGAUGUCAGAGAGAUCACAGCACCUUUCUGCUUGGAACAGGUGGUUUCCAGAGGGAGACAGGCCCCAUCCACAAGGGUGACUGGGAGACUGACUCAGGAUAGCAGCAGCCUGAGAGAAGGGCGGCCCUGAGGUUGGUGUUCCCUAGGGGGAGGUCCAUUUCUGGUACUUCUAGGCAAGUGGCUGAGUAAGGUUUUAACCAAGUUCAGGUUAAAACAGUGCUAGUGGGUCAGCAGUGCUAGCUUCCAUUGCUGUCUAUGCCAGUGCCCAACGCUGAGGCAAACCCCAGGACACUGCUGAUUAGUGCUGGAGAAAUGACAGUUAAUUCUGAUUAACUCACACAGAGUACCUCAGUCCACAUUGGCUCACAUCCCACCCAGAAACCCUGUUCAGCCUGAAACACUGGUAUCACCAGUCUUCACAUGUACUCAGGACAUGUCACUGGUGUCACUGAUACUUGCCACAUUUACAGAGAGUAUCAGCCAUGACUCUAACAUGCAUGUAGCAACAUUUGAGAACCUGCUGUGGAUUCCCAUGAGGAGACCUGUAACUAGCCACGGUUGUAAAAGGAAGAGAAUUCUGUUGGUUUUUAGCCUGGGGUGGCUACCUGGUGUUCACAGCACUCCGCUGCCAUACAGGUAGCUGCAGCUAGACACAGGUACUUACAGCGCCUGCUGGCAAGCACAGUGGCUUAUGGAACACUGGACAGGUGGGCCCUCUUACCCCAAAUCAUAACCACUUCCUUAACUUUUAAGAGCAGAGUAAGGGCUUGCCGAGCUUAAGAGCUGUUGGGGACAUCACCAGGUGACCUGGAUGUUGCUCCAGGCAUGUUGGAGCACUUAGCCAUGCUGUGAUUGGGUGUGUGCGUCACCUUUAAGAUGAUGACAAAAAUACAACAGAACCUUUCUGCUUUUUUUUUUUUUUUUGUCUUUUUCAUUUUGAUCGGUACCAGGGAUCGAACUCAUGACCGCCUGCUUGCAAGGCAGGUGCUUAUGUCACUGAGCUAAAUCCCCAGCCCCCAAACCUUUCUGCUUAACACAAGUGGUUUCAGGAAGGAAACCAGUGGUCCAAAGCAUCAGAAUGAAAAUGUCACAGCACCAACUGGCAACAGCACCUACUUGAAAAUUAGUAAUAUGAAAAUUUUAAGACGCUCCCAUUUCCUUCAGCAUUAUCAAGACAUUUUCAAAAAUACCAUAGGCCAAUCCACACAUCACCUGUGUAACCUAACAGCCACAGCAGCUGCCCUCAGCUGGCCUUUCCAUCUCAGAUACUGUAUGCUGGCAUAAUACAGUCAUCCUUGUCUGACUUCUGAGAGCAUAACAAAAACGUUUUAAGGAUUUUUGGCAGCUGUACUGAUGAUAACGUUUUACUCAGAAUGGCUCAAGUAAUGUAGGGAGAAUAAACGAGCAGUUACAGAUGGGUAUUGUAACUACUCAUCCUCCAUGUCCUUAAGAAAGCUGAGCUACACCAAAAACUCGGGCUGCCUGAGUGAGCCAGAGAGCCUGAAAGUGGGGAAGGAAACACCGGCCAAACUUCAGAGCUGUAAACGCAAUUUCUUAGGGAAGGCCAGUGGUUCUGAGAGGCUAGCACAACUGUUUCUGUGGGAUGCAGCUGGACAAGGGCAUGGGUGGCUGGCUAUAGACAUAGUAUAUAACCUUAAGCAUUCAGACAUGCUGCAUCCUACAUCCGUUCUACAACAUGCACAUCAAAAGUCACAGCUACUGAUACAGAAAAAGAUAUAAUUACUGCUUUUAGAUGACUACAUGCCGAGAACUUAAAGUACAAUCAAAGAAUCGGCAGCAGUAUUAAAAAGUCCAUGAACAGACUGGUAAAUACAACAAAAAGAACUUUAAAUUGCUAUGAAAAAACUUUGUUAAUAAAACAACAGGAGCGGUAACAUAUAUAGGAACAUAAUAUAUAUAGGAAGUACAAAUAGGAAAUGAUGUUGAGUGUAGGGAGGUGGUACAUUGCUGUAAUCCCAGCACUGAGGAGGCUGAGGCAAGAGGACCUCCUAGUUUGAGGCUAGCCUGGACUACAAAGCAGAAACUUGUCUCAAAAAUAGCAACAACAAAACCAUGUAAAAUCCCUGUGUGAAAACAGUUACAAGGCUCUACUGAGGAAUGGAGAGGACCGAUUUAGACACAAUGCUGGAGUGUCUUCAACAGUAAUAACUGAAAUGUAAGAAAAAGGUACUUUAUAUUACUCUGUUUUGUUUCAUCUUACUGUUUUGUGUUACUCCCUUUAAAAUAAAAAAGGGCACUUCAUACAGUG